AUGUCCUCCACGAUUCAUCCCCAGUACUUCUGUACUCGUCCUAAUGGCACCUUCACUCCCCUUAUCGCCGUGGAUGAGCUCCCCUCGCAUAUCUCGAUUCGUGGAGCUCCCCGUGUGCUAGCAGCCAGUGAAACCCAAGGAAUGACGAGCCUUGGGAUUGUACAGAUGAGGCCCCAGUCUUAUGUUGUCGAAGGAGUUGGCCCCGCUUCCACUCGAGAGACGUCCACGAGUUCGACCGGACACCGCACCCGUGACUCUGAUUUACAGGCCGCGUUGAUGAGAGUCCUUUCCGAUGAGUGUCUUCCGACCAACGAGCGUCGGGCUAUUACAACGCUGAUACAGCAUGGUCUUUCUCGCGGCAUGUUUACGCCCAGUUCGUCCAGUAACGGUUGGUUGGUGCCUAAUAAUGGUGGUAGUAUUGCUGGCAGUGUGGGUUCUAGACAAGGACCUCACUACAAUACCAAGAAAGAAUACUGCUGCCUUUUUAAACAUGAGAUGCCUGGCGACCCGGCGAUGCUCGAGAAGCUUGGCCUCCGUGACAUCCCUCGCUGGUAUCGUGAGAAGUAUGGCAUUCCCAGCCUGAUACCGAAUGGACAUGUUCAUCCUCGUCAUCAAAUCGGUCAUGCUCUGCCACUGACGGACAAUGGGGGUUUCGGGGCGGUCCACAACCCAUCUCGCCUCGGGGCAAACAUCAUCUCGGACAUUUCUGAUUUUGAGAGGGACUCUCAGCAGAAGACUCAUUAUGCUAUUCAGCACUCACCAGCUGCACUUCCUGGAUCGUCGCGGCCUGUCUAUGCCGCCGCAGGACCGUCCAGGGCUCAAAUGCCCCAGAGACACGGAGCAAAAAAUUCUUCGAAAAUGGAUCUUUUAUCCUUUGACCCUCUUCCAGAGUACCCCAGCUACACAUCCGUGGAAUCUGCGCCCGGGAAGAUGCGCGCGCUGGCCAACGCAAAUGGCACCGCCGCCUUUGCGAGUGUCAACAGCGAGCGUGAGGACUUCGUCCGCAGUAUACAAUCUCUAAUGCCGACUCCAAUGUCCGGGAGCUCGGAGUACCUGCUGGCCGGUGGUUCUCCCUAUAAGCCUCGUUCCAAGAAGGCACAAAAAUCCCGCCGGUUGUAUCAGCCUCGGCCUGCUGUCCUGAAGCAGGAGUCCGAACCUGAAGCAAGCGAAGUAGAUGCAUUCAGCGGGGAUUGUAGAGGCUAUGGCACUGCUCCGCCGAGCGUUGCAUCUCCCAUUUCCAAGGUUGACCACCCAAGCCCGAACAUCCGGUCUGCCCUAGAUAGCGCGUCCGAGCCGGCUACUCGCGGUGCCUCCCCUUUAACCCAGUCCGGCACUGCAUCAUCGGACUCGAGUCCCGAUCUUGUCCGCGACCGACACAAAGAUAAAAAAGAACACAAAGCGACCUUCGGCGCUAUCGGUACCAAGAGAGGGUACGGUAAAUCGUGUGACGGGUCCUUCGAAGUUGAUCUGUUAGGCCUGGGCACCAAGGACGAUGAUUAA